AUGGCGUCGUCCGCUACAGAUUCUGUUAUCGUCUGGGAAUGGAUGAAUGAAUAUGGGCGCUGGAAGCCCUACAUGCCGCAUGUAACACAGUAUAUUGAAUCAAACAAGUCGCAGGCCACAACUCUGAAUCUCGGUGUCAUCGAUGGGAUGCUCAACAUGUAUUCAAUCGAUUUUAUUGCCAUGUGCCAAAUUCGCCUUGGUACUGGGACACCACGUCCUGUGCGUCGGAUGUUGUACCCACCUGAUUCUCCCUGGGGGAGAGGUACAUUAUGGCAGUGGGAAGGAGACACAGCUGGUGAAUGGCACACUUAUGAUGCAGAUGUCGCUAGAGUGAUAGAUGACUUUUUCCUUCAGAAAGGACGAUCAAACAUUCUUGACCUUACCCAUUCAUCCUUGAAUCUACCGUAUCAAGUAAAUUUUAGUAAGAUGACACAGCAAAGAAUCGGAACAGGAAGACAAAGGAAUAUACGUCGUGAAAAACUAACAAUACCUUAUCCCCGAAUAUCUCAAGGAUCUGCUGGUCAGCUAAUAAGUGGUCAUCCUAUCGGGUUGACCAAUAACAUAAUGAGUCCAAAUACAGUGCCGAAUCUUGUUGGGGGGUCAAGUCCAAAUUCUCCAAAACAGCCAAGACUUGCUUCAGGAUAUCCACAUGUAAAUGCCAGUCCUGCAGCUCAACUCAUUAUGCCUACCUCAGUUGGUGCUACAAAUCAAUCUUAUAUUCAUGGAACUCCAACAAGUCUACCCACAACUACUGUUUCUAUGUCACUUCCUGGAAGCCACAUUUCUUCAGCAACAUCUUCGUCAAUUCAUUUCUCUGGUCCCCUGACAAGGAAGAGGUUACAUUCUAGUAUUGUUAACAAUAACAGGUCUAAUCUGCCGAUUUCAUCCAUGCAUCCUUCACAUUCAAGUGGACAAAAUGUGAAUCAGCCUAUGAUUCCAGGCAGUGGUGGAAACUCCUCAGCUCAUAUGAUUUCAUCCCUCGGAUCACUUCCCUUACCUCCAAUUCCACCCACAUCUUUCUCCAGUCCAAACAUUUGGAUGCCUAAUGUGAUAAACCUCCAUCCCCAGGGAUAUCCAAGCAUGUAUCCGGGAAUGUCUGUUCCGUCGUCCAGUCAGACCACGCCUACCUACUCAGGAGCAUUGCCAAUUCCAGGAAACUUAUUUAACAAAUCUCGAAGUGGCAGUCGUAUCAGCCCAGUUGUGUCAAGUGCUACCAGUAUCUUGGCAUCACCUGCAGUGCCACUUCUGUUAUCAUCCAAUGGGAGUUCAGGCACUGCCACAUCUGUAAAUGCAUCAUCAGAUCCUCCAUCAGAGGGGCGUAUACCCAAUAAUGUUCCCAAGGCCUCCAAGAAACAGAGUUCUACAGAUAAGUCUGGGCUGGAAGUAUUUGAAAAGUAUGCUACUGUGAUGGAAACUCCCCCAGAGGAGGAGGAUUGUUGUAUUUGCUGUGAUAAAUUGACUCAGCCAUCAGGAUAUGGUGAAGGCCACAAAGAGGCAACUAUUGUUUUCCAGCUCAGCAAGUGUACUCACAUGUUCCACAAACUCUGCAUCAAUGCUAUGUAUGAAAGUGGUGCCAAGAAUGGCUGUGUACAGUGUCCAACUUGUAAGACGAUAUAUGGUGAGAAGCAUGGAAAUUGUCCACGUGGAGUGAUGGAAUUCCAUCGGCUUCCCCAGCCCCUUCCUGGCUACUCAGACUGUAACACAAUCAGGAUUCUCUACCACAUUCCACCCGGGAUACAGGGACCAGACAAUCCUCACCCAGGGAAACGCUACUCCACGCGUGGGUUCCCAAGAGUUGGUUUUCUUCCGGACAAUGAAAAGGGACGAAAGGUUCUGAAACUUUUGAUUGUGGCGUGGAAAAGACGACUGACUUUCACUAUAGGCACCUCCACCACUACAGGCGAAAGUGACACUGUUACAUGGAAUGAAAUCCAUCAUAAGACAGAAUUCGGAACAAACUAUUCAGGACAUGGAUACCCUGAUCCGAACUAUCUGGAAAACGUGCUCAUGGAGCUCGCUGUGCAUGGAGUGACAGAAAGUGAUUUAUGAUUAUCUGGAUGAAGGAAUUAUGAAAGGAAGAAUUGGACAUGAAAGGAGAAAAUGCAAAUAAUUGUGAAGGAAGGGGAGAAAGAAGGAUGAAAAUGAAACGUUUGAUAAAUUUUAUCAUUGUUUAAACUUUAUAUAGAUAUUGAGGGCUAAAAGUUGUCUCAGCUGGAUUUUAAGAUUGAAUAAAUUCUUUAAAAAAAAAUUACUGGAUGAAUGAAUUAAAGAUUUCACAUCCUUUGAAUAUUGAUUAUGUUUUGAGAGCUAAUUUGAGAAAAAAGUAAGUGGAAAUUUUGUGUUUAAAUUUGAUUUGAGCUGGUGGUAACUUCAUAUGUUGUAAAAUAAAAAAAUUUUUGGGUAGUGAUACUGAUGGUUUUUCAAAUAAUUACUAUUUUAUGGACAUUUGAUUCCGUGGAUAAACGUACCUCUAUAAAUGCACCGAUACUGAUUAUAACCGUUCGUAGAUAUACAAAUUCAUGGAUUAAGUGUACAAGGAGUACAAAAGAAAUUAAUUCCCCACAAAAAUUUAUGAUUUUAAAGUAUAAAACAUAUUCUAUUUGUGAAAAUAUCACAAACAUUAGUAUUGAAAUGAUUGAGAAUAGUUUUUAGAUAUUUUAUACAUUGUGCCAUGUAACUGUUUUUA